AUGAUUUUGGGAGCCAUUCACAUUUCAGGAGCUAUCUCUAUUCAAAUUGUUGAUGGUGUAUUAAAUCAAGAUUCAAAUUAUAAAAUUUUAUAAAGUUUUUUUAAAAAGGAGAAUUUAAAUAAUUAGAUUUUUCAUGCUUCUAACAUGAUUAUGCUCGACCUCGCGUUGAUAAAAAAUAAAAGAAUAUUUUUAAUCUCAAAAAAUUUAAAUACUGGGAUGGGCAGCAUAGAGCCCAGAUAUAAAUAACAUCCAAAGAGUAUGGGCUAUGCUUAAGAAAAAAACUGA